AUGAGGUGGGACCAGGCGGAGGGGGCUCUGGCACAGAAGCGCGUGGCGGCAGGCUUGGCAGAGGGCCCGCAGAAGCGGAGGGGUGGCUCUGCGCUCGUCUUGAUGGAAGCCCACGUGUCGCCAUUCUUGUCUCUGCCCAAGUGUGAGGAAUUACAGCAGAGUCUGACCAGCCUCCAAAUUCAGAUGCAGCACUUGGACGACUUAGAGAUCUGGAAGGUUCCGCAGGAGCCCCCGUCAGAGGAGCCUACUGGAGAGGUGGAUGAGGAGAAUCAGUCCCCGGAUGGCCCAGAGACGGAUGACGGGCCUGCUUUGCUCUCUUCAGAGGGCAGAAGCGGGGCCAAAUCCGCCCUUGAAUCGGCUCCAGCAGCCCGGCCCCAUGGGCCCAGGAGCACCGAGGCAGAAGAUAAUCUGCCAAAUGGGGAGCUGCAGGACGGAGAUCUGUUUGGCAACGAAUGCAGCCCCGAGGAGGCCAAAGUCGAGGCAAUCCCCAAGGCUGUGGAAAAGGGGGGCCCUCCGCCGCACCAGGGGAGUUCGGAGGCUGCUUCUGCCGCCAACCCAGCCGGGCAGAGCCUGCAUCCUGGCAAAGCCCCUGCUGCCCGCCAGAGGAAGCUGGCCAUGGAGGAGAUUGUCAUCCGAGACCACCUAGGCCAAGAGGUGGGCUGCAUGGAUGCCGUGGGGCAGGACCAGAACUCCCUCGAGAAGGAAGAGGAGCUGGAGGGUCACACUGACUCUGGGGACAGGCGUGACAGCUGCGGCCAGUCGGGGCCUGUCGACGGUGUCCCAGAUCGAAAGGAAGCCCCUGGAGAAGGCCCGCCGGUCCAUGAGCUUGGCAGCCGCGAGGGCCCAGAGGGAGAGUCUUCCACUUCUGAGGAUCACCAGGAUCCCUCCAGGCUCCUACAGAACGAGAACAGCGAUCCCGAGGGGCAAGGAAAUGGACCGCUGGAGAUGGGCUCUCUGGCUGAGGAAGCUGGUGGGGAGGGAGUGGGGCAGAAGGAAGUGCCAGGACAGGGUGCCCAGGAGACAGAGCCCGCCCUAGCCCUGGCCACUGCCAAUGCGCCUACAACAGAAACAGAGAUGCCGGAGCAGCAAGAGUCGGGGGCAAGAGAGGAAGGACGAGGACCCCGGAGACCAGGAUCUCAGCUGGACCAAACGCGCCCUGGAGCACAAACCACGUCUCUGCUAGACCAGCCCGUUUCACCUCUGCCAGAAGAUGAACCAUUAGCUCUAGAAGAUAUUCCUUCCUCUUGGCACGAAAUGGGGAAAGCAAUACCUCAACAGGAACAAGAACUGCUCGGGCAUGAAGAGAAAGGAUCCCUCCCAGACUCAAUCCCUUCUUUAACCGAUCAGCUGACUUCUUUGCCUGAUCAAAUUGUUUCCCUUCAGGAGGCUGAAGAGACCCCAGUACCCCUGCGGGACCAAACGCCAGUGCCUCCAGAGGCCCAGGUCUCUCCUUUGCCAGGGGCUGACGUCUUUCUUCCAAGCCAGGACCCACCCUCUGCGGAUGACCCAUGCGAGAGUCCCGUCGUUCUCCUAGACCAGAUCCCACCAGCUCUCCAGGACACGGAGUCAUCAUCUCCAGUUGGCAGGACCCCCGCUUCUUCCCUGCAAGAGGCCUCCGGAGUUCUUCCAGAUGAGAUUCAGACACCCCUGCCGAUCCACACCUCGCCUGACCUCCCUGAAGACGAAGGAACCGCUCAGGCUCCACCAACGUUGGAAGACCAAUCGACCGCCUCUCAGCUGGGACAGGCUCCGUCUCCUCAGGACCCUGCAAAGGCUCCUCCAGAAGGACAGAACUCCUCAGAUGAUCCUCCCGAAGAAAAGUCUACUUUGGCAGAACGAACCCCGUCCCCCAACAAAGCCCAAAGAAGUCCCGGGUUACAGGAUGCGUCCGUCUGCCCCAAUGCUCUGCCCUCGUCCACCCAAGAGACCCUCCAGCCACUCCUGGACAAGGCUGAAGCGCUGGAAACACCGGAUGCAAAAGAAGGCGGCAAAGCCAGGGCAGCCUCAGAUGGAGCAGGAGAGAUCACGGAAGUCCUGGGAAAUCUCCACGCUGAGCAGCAACCUCUGCUGAAGGAAGCCAAGGCGGCAGGAGCCCCUCCGGACAUUUCCGUUGGAGAUCCGCAACCCAAGGCUGGAGUUUUAAAGUCCCCGGGGGCCACGAGCCGGCAAGCCCCGAACAACAGCCCCCGAACCUCUGCCAACACUGCCUACUCCCGUCAGCUCCAGACCUCUCUGCCCCGCCAAGGGCAAGACCAAGAGCCGUCGAAGGGCAAACGCCAAUCCUGCCAGUGCUGCGUACUCAUGUGA